AUGCUGCUGGGGGUGACCCUGCUGAGGAAGAGGUACCCCCCAGCCAAGUACCUGUGCGUGCUGCUCAUCGUGGCCGGCGUGGCCCUGUUCCUGUACAAGCCCAAAAAGGGGACAGGGGACACUGAGCUCGUCUUUGGCUAUGGGGAGCUGCUGCUGCUGCUGUCCCUGACCCUGGAUGGGCUCACUGGGGUGUCCCAGGACCACAUGAGGGCUCACUACCAGACCAGCUCCAACCACAUGAUGCUCAACGUCAACCUCUGGUCCACGCUCUUCCUGGGGGCAGGGAUCCUGUUCACAGGGGAGCUCUGGGAGUUCCUGAGUUUCACGGAGCGUUAUCCCAGCAUCAUCUCCAACAUCCUCCUCUUCGGCCUCACCAGCGCCCUGGGCCAGAGUUUCAUCUUCAUGACCGUGGUGUACUUUGGGCCCCUGACCUGCUCCAUCCUCACCACCACCAGGAAGUUUUUCACCAUCCUGGCCUCCGUGGUGCUCUUUGCCAACCCCAUCAGCCCCCUGCAGUGGGUGGGCACCGUGCUGGUGUUCCUGGGCCUUGGACUCGAUGCCAAAUUCGGGAAGGGGGUGAAGAAAACAUCACACUGA